UUGAGAUUUCAUCCAACAAAACAAAUAGCACUGCUAUCAAGCUGGGUCAUAAAAAGAGGGCAACAAUGCAGAGUUCCCGAGACGAGCUUCCCAACAAUUCCCUUAUUCAUCCUCCAGGGUUUUAUAUUGUUGGUUUUAACUCUAUGGCUUAUACCAACAUCUAUGUCAUUUUUCUUUCAGUAGUUUAUGUGUUUACAGUCAUGUCCAAUGUUUUUCUCAUCACCAUUAUUUUUUAUGACUGUCGUCUACAUGUUCCGAAAUUCAUGGCUAUUUGUAACCUGUCAGUGGUUGAUCUUAUGCUCAGCACGUCUCUUGUGCCCGGCAUGAUAAAGAUUUACCUUUUUCUGGACAAUUUUAUACUGUUCAAAUUGUGCCUUGUACAAAUGUUCAUCUACUAUGCUAUUUUAUGCCUCGAGUCCAUUUCUCUAUGCGUUCUGGCUUAUGAUAGGCUGAUUGCGAUCUGUUUCCCUUUGAGACAGGAGUCUUUAAACACAAACACCAAAAUGGCCUAUAUCAUUUGUGGGAUUUGGGUUUUUGGCAUUGGUAUUGCACUGUAUGGUCCUAUAUCCAUGACACAAUUAUCAUUUUGUGGCUCUGUUAUGGUCAACAGCUAUUUCUGUGAUUUUGCUCCUGUUUUUAGGCUCGCCUGUAAUGAUACGUCACGGCAAUGGAGUUUCGCUACCAGCACAACUAUAAUCCUUGUGUUUAUCCCUUUCAGUUUUAUUUUCUUGACAUAUACAUGUAUACUGAUCACUGUAUUCAGAAUGAAAAGCAUCCAGAGCAGAUAUAAGGCACUGGCUACGUGCACAGAACAUCUUAUAUUAGUGGCAUUGUUUUUUUUCCCUGUGUUGGUUGUUUUUAAUCUUGGAUUUUUUGGAUUUGUUAUAAACACCAACGUAAGGGUGGUGGUCCUGUCCAUGACUUCACUUCUUACACCCUGUGUGAAUCCCAUUGUCUAUUCUCUGAAAACUAAAGAGAUUAGAAGCAGAGUUUAUUCUUUGUUUACUCAAAGACGGUCUGUUCAACCACUAAAAAUGUAAAGUUUCAUGAGAUUGUUUGUAUUGUUUUGGGGGGCACUGUGUCAUUUUGCUUUUAAUGUUUCUAAUGUUAGUUUCAAUCAUUAAUUUUGGCUUCACUUACUAUUACUGGUUUUUAAAAUUUUAUCUCUUUGGUAAUUUGCCUUUUUACAAUAUAUCUAUGUUGUAUGCAGCUAUAGUAGGUCUUCAUAGUGAAUUAAUCAUUUAAUUAUUUGCUUUUGGUCAUUCUUAAAGUUUAUAAUAAAUCUUUU